AUGGAAGGCACACUCAGAAUUGACGAUCGGCCCGGACAAAGCAGCAAGAGAGGAGGCUUAUCCAUAAAGUACAAGGUCAUUGCUAUAACAGUUGUAGUUGUGCUUGUUGUUGGCACUUCUUUAGUUCUCUUCUUUGAUCCUGGUCGAAAAAAUUCCAGUUCAAAAGAAUCCAGCAGCAGCGGCAACAGAAAGAAGCGAGCCUUUGCUAAGUCAGGUGAGGUUCAGUGUAAGAAAUGAUGGGUCUUACGACCAAGAGAGUAAUAACCUCGAAAUCUAAGACCCAAAAACUAUAAAAGUCCCUGAUUUUCUUUAAAUCAGACAUGCGAUAUUAUUACUCGAACCGACCCCGGUUAGAGCAAGACUUUGCUCUAAGAAGAAUCAUAGGGAUCCCAAAGGCUCUCAGCCAUAAAAUCUGGGGUACCCAGCUCCUAUUACAUAGUAUACUAAAAUAUCUUGUUGCUUUUUAUCUAAUACUUUACCUCUUUAAAAUUUCAAGACCCCCCUUCAAUAACAAUAAUCUUUCUCAGGACCCCCUUCUUUGCAGUGGCUAAAAUUUCGAGUCCCCUCAUUUUCUCACCCAUCUCUCCCCUCCGAUAAAUAAUGAACUGUCCCUUAUGCCCCAGUGCACACGUGGGAUACUUUUGGUUAAAUAAAACUCCUUGGGGAAAGUGAACGAAAUUUAAAUUGUCCUCAAAUUUGCUUUAUAGCUGACAAGACAAAUCAGCUGUCAUGUGACGUGGCGAUAAUUGGUGGAGGUGUUUCCGGUUUGUAUGUAGCCGAAACUCUCCUCAGACUCCACAAAGAGACUGAUGUCUGCUUGUUUGAAAGAAGCGAUCGCGUUGGUGGGCGAAUACACGAUUAUACUUUUCAGCGAAUGCCUGGUGUCCCAGUUAGUAAGUUGUUUUAAGAAUGACGUGAAAUCUUACCUGGCAGAUAUAGUUUUAAAACACUAUUAACCGUGAAUUCAGAUACCUUUUUACUCAAAAGAGCGGUGCACUUAAGCUCUGCACUUUCCCGGGAACAGUGGAACGCUUAUAAAUUUUUGACAUGGUCAGUGUUUUAAUGCUUAUUCGACUGGUAUUGAAGCUAUUAUACGAUUAUUACAGGCAAGGAUCUAAGAUAAAUACUGACCGAUUUCCUCUUCAUUCCUAAGCUCAAGCUUCAUGGGGGGUCCGGGAGCAUGCUCUACUGGAAAAGUUUUAGAUUUUUAGACGGAAUCGAUCAGAAAUUUAGUAAUUUCAAUUAUCAGUGGACAAAAAGCUUGUACCAGAAUAAUUUAAACGAUAUCGCAUUCCUUUUUACAUUUUUCAAGGGUUGUAGAUGUAAUUAGUUGUCUGUAAUAACCCAAAGACUAUUUCUCAUGGGAGCCCGCAAAAAUAAAUGUCAAAUUUCACAAGAAUUGUGAAAACACAGGUGAAAUUGUCAAAAUUUCGUGGGUAAAGAUCUCAUUUGGUGAGACUGAGACUUGGGAAACUGCCAAUCUUCAAUUCCACGAAAAAAAGCUUCCUGUUGGUUGUCGCUAUUUAAACGCUUACUUUGUUUAUUAUAAUUAUUUAUUCAAUGAAUAUUUGCUCAGCCCAUUAGAAUGUAGACGGCUUGCAGUCCGCCUUUUGUCUCAAAAUUCGUCUAGUUCUUAUCUCAGCCAGCGCGAUUGCAAACCACGACGUUCGUGGCUUCGCCGCUCGCGUGUUUGGGUUUCGCGUGCUGUAACUUUGGAAAGAAAAAUAAGAGACUGCUCGAAAUCUAACCAGAAUGUCUAGGGUAAAUUAGUUAAUUCCCCCUUUUAAACUUUGGCUUGUGAGUAUCUGCCUAUUUGUUCAUGUACUGUUAGGUUUGGGCGCGUGGCGUGUGGACGAAACCCACUCACUAGUUUGGUAAGUCCUUUUUUGUUGCUGCUUCGCAAAAUGGGUACCCUUUUCGCUAACCAUUCGCAAACUCAUUAAUUCUGUCCUACAGUCAAAAGCCAAUAAAGGACGACCAUUUGAGUCAGGUGGAUGAAUCAUGAUACCUAAUGAAACACCAGAUAAAACCCCAUUAGGCUUUCAUCUGAGGGGAAACAUGUUUUUCAUCUGUGAUCAAGCAUUUUAAUGGGAUGUUUUAUUGAUUAACAAACUCAGACAUGGAAACAAUGCAAUACCAGAGAAAACAUGUCACUGCAUAAUUUCGUAUUGCUUCAUUCGAGAAUUUAAGACAUUCCAAAAACUCGGGCUUCGUGCUUCAUCGCCGAUUCCAAACACCUUUCAUCUGUUUCUCGGUGUUUGGAAUAGACUGCGAGUAGUCCCCAUUUUUCCUUAGGGAUAGUAGAACAGGAGGGCAUUUUGCAUGCGCAUUUGUGUAUCCGCUGAACGACAAUAGCGUGGGCGCAUCAAAUCUGAUGGCGGGAAAUCGAAAACCCACCCGUAAAGUUACAGUCCUUUUAAAAGCCAUUUCGCAUUUCGUUGGUGCUUUGAAUACCCUACUUUCUUAGAGGGGGUUAAAGGAGGGGGGGGAGGGUCCUACGCACGAAUCACGAAAAUUAAAAAUUGACUUCCCUGUAGAAUUUGUCUUCAGUUGUUCUAUGGUUUGAUUUCCAAACUCGUGGUUUUCCUUAUCAGGGACGAAAUGCAUCGUAGCAAUGUUCAGCUGCUUUAAGGUGGCUCGAUGCAGUUUUUCAGGGUCAAUACCUCCCAAGUUUGAGCAUAAACUACGUCGCUAUAAACAAAGUUUUGGAAAAAUUGCCACCACAGUUGUAUUAGAGGAAGAUGAAAAUGUGUUAUGAUGAGGGUUGCAACGGCAUCGGAGUUGUCAUAGCAACGAAAUGACGCUAUUACCUAUUUUACUUGCAGCAGUAUAUCUCGGCACUGGAAACUGUUCUUCGAAAAUCAUUCACGGGAGCUUUUUCCUCCAAUAGCAGCCUCGAUGUUCGUGAAGUUUAAGCGAAAUCUGUAAGAGCGUGAUCGAGAUAUUUUGGGAUAAAGUUUUUAUUGUUAGAAACACAGUAAAAAAUGGACAAUAUUAUUGUUUGGCCGUUAUCUGUAGAAAAUGAGAGGCUCACACCUGUAAACACAAAAUUUCUGCCGAAAUAUUAGCGAAUUGUAGCCCUUAUUUUACUGCCGUACAAUAUAUCAAUAAUCUUGAAACUAAAAGGUCAUAUAAAAGGACGGUUAAUCUCAAGAAUCUUAAUUUUUUAAAAAAUCUAUCUAGCGGUUUAAAAAUUGUUCGCUAAUUUGUUAUAUUUAUUUGCAUAAUAAAAUGUAAACAAACGGUGUACCAUCAAACUAAGGUGGAAAAAAAUCAGAAUUCAAGCUGAUUGCUGUACUUUUUUUCCUUUGUAUAACUAAAUGAUAGAAUAUUCUUAUUUUCAAAACACAAUCUUACUGGCAUCAUUAUAUCGAUUUAAAUUUAUAGUUGAAGUGCGUGUAUUUUAUUUCUCAACGAACACGUACCGGAGAAGAAAGCUAAAAUUACUUCAGAAGGCGAGUUUUCACAGCCUUCAUCAAAGCGCCAUUCAUUCGCAGAAGUAUUCUUAGUUUCAUUAAUCAUUAACUUAAUCUGGGGAGAAACGCAAGAUUUCGAGAUAAACAAGCCAGAGAAAGGGUGAAAAACAGUUUCACGGCAGAAUGGACACUUAAUUAACCACUGUAUUCCUGAAACGAUUAAGUUCAAUUUUAGAGUUAUACUAUUGAGAAGAAUUAAGUAUCUAUGGGAUAAUUGUUUAACAAAAAACUAUCAUACUGUCCUUUUCCUCCUGGUAAGAACAUUCAGCCGCCAUCUUGUCUUCGAUGUACUGUUUUACGAAAGGAAAGACUGUCCUCUCAAGGGGGACAGCGAGGCUACAAUAAACUCACUUUCAUCGUAGAAAUACCUCGAUACCUUAAGGUGGCUCGACUGGAUUUUUUUGUGGGGAUACCUCCCAAGUUUGAGCAUUAACUACGUCGCCAUGAGUAAAGAUAUGGAAAAAAAGUUUCCAUAACUGUAUUAUACAAAGAUGAAAAAUUCUUAUGAUUUGGGUUUUAUUGCAAUCGGAGUGGCCAUGGCAACGUAACGACGCCAUUACGUUUUUUAUUUAUCUUUGUGUUUCUCUGUGCCAGGAGUUUUUUUUAAGAAAUCGCUCAAGGGAGUUUGUACCUGCUAUAAUUGCCUCAAUUUUGGCAAAGUUUGAACAAAUUCUAUGAGAGCGUUUUCGAAAUAUUUUGAAACGAAGUUUUAAGCAUCAUAAAAACAGUGAAAUAGAAUGCUAUCCACACAAUUCGCUAAUUUUUUAAGAAAAUGAUAAGUUUUGGAAACGCGGCUUCGUCUCAUAGUGGUUUGAUUCCAUUGAAAACUGUGUACAAAAAAAAAUCUGGGGGAAAAAUUGGUUAUAUUUGAAGCCCUAUUUAAAAGCCUUCCCUGUUUUCAAUGUUCUGGAAACUCGCAGGGUAUAUUUAUUGACGAUUGAUCUCGGGAUUUUCCAGUUUAUAAAAAAAUUUAUGGAGCGGUUUUUUGGAAAAUGCAAAAUUUGUAGGCCUGGACCAAAUUACAUGCAAAAACUUUUACAAAAGCAGCUGAAUGCAAGUUAAUAAAAUUCUUCUUACUCGCGAUCGCCCAGAGCAAUUCCCCUCUGUUUUUGUACCCAGUUUUCAAUGGAAUCAAACCACUAUGAGAUGAAGCCGCGUUUCCAAACCUUAUCGUUUUCUUUAAAAAUUAGCUAAUUGUGAGGAUAGCACGCUAUUUCACUAUUUAUAUGAUGCUUAAAACUUCGUUUCAAAAUAUUUCGAAAACGCUCUCAUAGAAUUUGUUCAAACUUUGCAAUAAUUGAGGCAAUUAUGGAAGGUACAAACUCCCUUAAGCGAUUUCUUAAAAAAACUCCUGGUGCAAAGAAACACAAAGAUAAAUAAAAAACCAAAUGGCGUCGUUACGUUGCCAUGGCGACUCCGAUUGCAAUAAAAUCCAGAUCAUGAGAAAUUUUCAUCUUUAUAUUUCUUUGGUUGUCUGCGACAGAAUUGUCAGAUGGGGGUUGGUUCUCUGAAGUCGAUCGGUUUCUUGGGUUGUCUGCGGCAGAAUUGUCAGAUGGGGGUUGGUUCUCUGAAGUCGAUCGGUUUCUUGGGUUGUCUGCGGCAGAAUUGUCAGAGGAGGGGUGGUUCUCUGAAGUCGAUCCGGUGAUCUGUAACACUAGAUAUCACAGAAUGAAAUGCGAGAGAUUGACAUAUGUUAGGAUAACUAAUGACGGAAAAUUUUUUCUAGUAAGACACAGAGGUACAUCUAGGACUUCUUGUUUACUGGUCAUAUUUUUGUUUCAAUGCAUGUUUGCAGUGAUAUACUAAUUACUUGUCUCAACCUUGGGGAAAAUGCAUUUAUAGUCUUGUCUCCUGUGUAUCAAGCGAUACUCUGCCUAGGGUUGAUGCUCACGGGCUGUUGUGCAUGGGAAAACUAUCGACUGUUAAGAAAAAUUUGUAUAUCUAAACAUUAUUGAUUCACCCUACACUUUAAAUUGCAUAAUGAAUUAUUCAGUAAGUAUUAGUCAGGUAAGUCAAUACUUAUGUUUCGUUAGCCAUUUUCUUCCACAAGCACUUUUAUCACUCUAUGCAUGGUGUCAAAGUGUUUCACAAUUGACGUCUGUAGUAAACUGACAGCCGAAGACGCCGUAGCUUUACUGUAGAUUUCACACGUUUUGCCACGAGGAAAUUCCCAAACUACUGCCUAAAAUCGUAGCAAGACCAGCAAAAAAUACCACUUAACGGAUCACGACUGCUGCAAGAACUCUUCUUUUCAUGCAAUUGACUUUGAGACUCACCUUCUUGAAUUUGGGUCCGAACUUCAGAGGGGAAAGACGAGAGAUAAAUGCAGAUGCAACUCUCCAUCUUUCCCCCAAUCCGCCGCUUCUGACUCGUCUUCCCCAACUCAGGAUGUUUCUUAAUGAUCGCAUGUAAGGUUUCCCGCUCGCUAAUGUCAAGCGGGAAAUUUUCCUUCCCCAUUAUCACGGUCUGCCUCCAGUUUUCAAUGGAAUCAAACCACUAUGAGAUGAAGCCGCGUUUCCAAACCUUAUCGUUUUCUUUAAAAAUUAGCUAAUUGUGAGGAUAGCACGCUAUUUCACUAUUUAUAUGAUGCUUAAAACUUCGUUUCAAAAUAUUUCGAAAACGCUCUCAUAGAAUUUGUUCAAACUUUGCAAUAAUUGAGGCAAUUAUGGAAGGUACAAACUCCCUUAAGCGAUUCCUUAAAAAAACUCCUGGUGCAAAGAAACACAAAGAUAAAUAAAAAACCAAAUGGCGUCGUUACGUUGCCAUGGCGACUCCGAUUGCAAUAAAAUCCAGAUCAUGAGAAAUUUUCAUCUUUAUAUAAUACAGUUGUGGAAACCUUUUUUCCAUAUCUUUACUCAUGGCGACGUAAUUAAUGCUCAAACUUGGGAGGUAUCCCCCCAAAAAAUCCAGUCGAGCCACCUUAAAGAACAUGUUUGUGGAGCGUAGCACCCAAUACACGUCAUUCAGCUCCCGAAAACGGCCUGCAGCGGCUGGUACUGAACGUACACAAAUCACAGAAAAUGCCUCUGUGGCAAUCUCUGUGGCCCUUCAACAGCCGAUAUUGACGCAUGCGCAUACAAAAUGCCCCCCUGUUGGAUAGUAGACGAGCGAAGCGCGUGAAAACCACCCCACGGGAGAAAGGCGAGACGCGGCGGUGUCUCUCCCCACCACGUCCCGCCUUUCUCGCGUGGGGUGAUUUUCACGCGUGCUCGCGUUUCUCUCGCUCCACUGAGUAAAAAUGGGGGCUACUCGUCGUCUAUGUUUGGAACCCGUGAUGAAGCACGAAGCCCGAGCUUUUGACCUAGUACAUCGCAUGUAUCUUAUUCAAGCCCCCGUAAUAAUGGUCUAUUCAUAGUGCCUUCCGGACGGUUAUGAUAUGAGUUUGAUAACAAAAUUGUACUGUUGAUAUCAUAGUUCUUCCAAGUAAAAAUAUCACCAUCUCCUUCUUUCCUAAAAAAGCAACAGUUCUCCCUUUCCAUAAAAGUCACCUUAAGUUAUCCCUUGAUCCCUAUAUUCCCUCGAGAGACUAGCAUAACUACACCAGUUUUUUUUCCCUUAUCCUAUUUUGGUUCUUAUAAUGUUUUUAAUCCUUAUUAUUAGGAAACUACUUAAACGUUUUGGCAUACCAGUCAGCCACCUCGCUAAAAAUCUUCAAAACAGAUUUGAGUCCCGGGGCAUUUUUGCCACUGACAGACUUAACCUCAAGCAAAGAGCAUUCCCUGCUCUUAAUCAAGGACGAUUCCAGAAUUCAACCUUUGAACAGAUGAUUGAGUAUCUAUUUAGUCACCGAAGAGAGGCAAAUAAUUUCGUAAGCUCUUACGACUUUUUCUCAGAAUAUCUUACGCCAGAAGGCUUCCAGUUAUUUUCCCACAUCGCUGGAUGGUUACCAGACUAUAAUAACCAGCCCCAGCCAAGAUCUUUUCUAGCACGUAUGGUUAAUACUGCAAAUUUCAAGUAUAACUUUUGGAGACCUGACAGCGGUUUAUCGGAAAUUACACGAGCUUUGAAAACGUCUGCUACUAAUCUUGGAGCGAGAAUUUACAAAAAAGAAGAAAUUAAAGUAAUUGAGGAAAACCGGGAAGAGCAAUUUAAACUGAAUACAACGAAGUACAGAGUAAAAGCAAAUAAGCUGGUUGUAGCAAUACCUCCCCAGCCCAUGAAGCAGCUCAAAGGCUCUGUGGCCGAAAAGAUUCAAAAGGACUCCAUCUUUCAGUCUGUUGGAUUAACGUUGUCAUUUAAAGGGUUCGCCGUGUUUGAGGAGGCUUGGUGGCAAGAUAAUUCUACCGAAAGUCGUUAUUUGGCAGACGAGCAAGUGAUGAUGUCCAACAGUGACUGCUUAGGGUCUAUAUUCCCUUACAAGUAAGUCAAGUGGGUAUGGUUCUCUAGCUGUACAUUCAGUAAGAAUCCUUUUCAACCUCCUUCCUCGACAACAUGACACUUAAGGCCCAGUUCAUACGUCGUGCCUCUGCCGUGCCGAACCUAGUCAAUAUUGGGUUCGACAGAAGCACGGCACAAGCUCGACUUCAAUUCAGACGUCGUGCCAGAGUCGAACUUAAAGGGGCUGUGUCAUGGCAGUCCAGUUCAUUUUGUUUAAUUUUGCCCGUUAAUCGGCCUCAACCGCUAUGGAACUUAAAGUAAGCAAAGAAAUUACAUGUAAAUGAGAAAAUCAGAGAUUCAAGACAGACAAAUAUGUCUCCUGAGCAUUAUUUAUGAAGUUGCAAACAGCAGAGAUCAACUUUGAAAAACUGUUAGGCUGAACAGUUCAAAAAACCUUAUUUCCAUUCGUUUCAAUCAUUUUCAGUUUUGCCCAUCCAUGGCAUCUGCUGUAUCUGUUGUGUUAUUCGAACCUUCCUUUAAUGUUUUAUAAAUUUAAGCGGUUAUUUUUAUGUUUCUCUUAAUUUAACGGACAUUUUGUAAUUACCUAAUGUGUCUUAAUUUCGUGACACAGCUGCUUUAAUUCAGUGUUCGCACAGUAGUCAGUACAGCGGUAAGCGGUGACGAAAUGGCGCCGCAACAUAAACUCCAGCGUAAAUUUCCACUUGUAAAACUCUUACAAAACUCGAGGAGGCGAAGAAAAGAAAUGUAGCAGAAAAUCCUUUUCUUUUUGACCGUCAGGCUAGUGUUAUUAUUGGAAGUUUUUUGAUAUCAUUGCUGCUCUUCAUAUUUCUCCCGAGAAAACCGCCGAUCGCCUCCUCGAUCUUCAUCUUGUUCUUUAUAACCAGCAGCUAGUGGUAUAUUUUCUUUGAAAGGUAGUUCGUCUUCUGAUGAAUUAACGGACUCUGCAGCAUUGCAAACCAACGAGCCAUGUUUGUUAUAAACCAUUCUCGACCCCAGUGCUUACGCUUCUGAUUGCUGGCCGUCAUGCGCAAAGGAGCUCUUGGAUAAUAAAUAGACUCAAUGCACAUGCUGAUACCCGCGAAAACGCAUUUCCAAAAUUUAUGCAUCAGGUUCGACAUGGCAUAAGCACGACGUUUGAAUUGCUGCCGUGCCAGAGUCGUGUAGCACGGCAGACAUUGUCGAACUUAAUUGUUCUGCCGCACCAAAUUAAAAACUUUAAUUCAGACGUCGCGCUUCUGCCGUGCUUAUGUCGAACUUAAUCAAAGAAUUAAGUUCGGCAAGGCAGAAGCACGACGUAUGAACUGGGCCUAAGUCGCGUGCAAAUUAUAUACUCGACCCUCAAAAACAAAAGAAAAAAAAAGAACACUGAGGAUAAUAUCGUAGUAAGAAAAAUAGUAAGUUGAAGAAUAAACAUAAACGAAUUGUACACGGAUUGUCGAGAUCGAGGAUACGAGAUCAAGCUCAAGAUAUUAGGCUUUCUUUUCGAACUUUGAAGCCAGUUUCACGUAGAAUCUGGCGCCAAGACGUCCACAGCACGUAUGUGAAAUCCUAGUGAAACAGAGGUUAUUCAGUUUAGCUCUCGUUCCGUGAAAAAUCCAAUUCGUGAUUUUCGAUUGUCAACGCUAGAGUAAAACCAUCAGACCCAGAUUGUAAUUUUGGUGUCAACCUAAAUGGACAGUUCAAUCUUAAACGUUAAGGCACAGGAAGAACUCAAGAUCUACUUCUAAGGAAAAUUUCAUGGACUUUAUCGUAGGGAGAGAGGUUUUUGUUGUAUUUGGUUGGGAACCAAGAUCAUCUAACAUCUAUACGUAAGAACAUCUGGCUUCGAUAGCCUUAAGAGGUCACUUUGGCUAAUCAUUCGUAAAGAGUUUUGGGCAAAUAUAAAAUAGUUUUUAAGGAGGCUGUGCGUGUCAAAAUAUUCUAUCAGACCAGGUAAUUUUCAUCGUUUAGUUCGAAAAAAAUCCCACCCCUGUGUAUCUUAAACUCGUGUGAUUUACAGACUUACUGCCCUGGCCAGCUGAUAGACUGGUCAAGACUGAUAGACUGAUAUCUUAGGAGGAAAGUAGGCCCGGGAGAGAUAGUCACGUAGCGCUGAGUCAACUUAAGAGAACGGUUGUAUAUCAGAAAAAUGUAAAGCCCUUUGCUCGAGCCAACAGCGUUCACGCAUGCUCUGAUUGUCUCGCCUU